CCCUUUCGUUUUGAGUUAGCACUUUCUUCUGGAAUUACAUUCAGAGGUAACAUCCACGCAGAGCUCUUGCGACUUGCCUCUGCUAUCGGACUCGCUUGCUGCCCUACAGGUGAGGAAGACCUCUCGGGAGGAGGACUCAGGAGAGUCUGUUGAAAGUGAAAGGAUAUACUGACUGGGUGCAGAAGCCUAUGUAUGUACCAGGUCCCUGCUGAAGAGUUCAUAACAUAAUAUCACACAUGGCUAAUGAAUCGAGGCCCUGCCCGUGUGAUAUUGGAGACAGGUUUGACUAUGGAGGCCGUGGGCAGGAAGUACAAGUUGAGCACAUCAAGGCGUACGUUUGCAAACCACCUGCCAGCGUGGACAAAGCUGUGAUUGUGAUUCAUGAUAUAUUUGGAUGGCAACUCCCAAACACCAGAUACAUGGCUGAUAUGCUUGCAGCUAAUGGAUACAUAGCCAUCUGCCCAGACUUUUUUGUGGGACAAGAAGCUUGGAAGCCUUCUAAUGACUGGGCGUCUUUCGAUAACUGGCUGAAGACCCGAAAUGCCAGCAAAAUAGACAUAGAAGCUGAUGUCAUCCUGAAAUAUCUAAGUGAACAAUGUGGUGCAAAGAAGAUUGGUGUCAUUGGGUUUUGCUGGGGUGGAGCAGCAGUACAUCAUCUGAUGCUGAAAAAUCCUCUUUUAAAGGCAGGGGUGUCCCUCUAUGGAGUGAUCAGGUUCUUUGAGGACAGAGCCAGUUUGCUUCAUCCCACCUUCUUCAUUUUUGCUGAAAAGGAUGACUACAUCCCAUUGGAGCAGGUGACCCUACUGGAGCAGAAGCUUAAACAAAACUGUAAAGUUGAUUAUGAAGUUAAAAUCUACCCUGGACAGACGCAUGGGUUUGUACAUCGCAAAAGAGAAGAUAUCAAUCCUCAAGAUAAACCUUAUAUUGAGGAAGGAAGAAAGGAUAUGAUCAACUGGCUGAAUAAAUAUCUUUAGCAUAAAUAAAUGCCCCCCA